AGGCUAGGAAAGGCACAGUGGGUGUGGGGGGCUGAGCAGGAGGGUAGACUCUAGGAAGAGCAGGGGUGGACUGAGCGGGGCUGAUGGCACCCCAAUGUGUCCUGAUAGUUUAGUGUGGUGAUCUGGCCACCCUACCCCUAGAUCUGCAAACACUACAUACAAGUGGGCUCCCAUUUCCAUGCUUUGCUGAUAGGGACACUGAGUCACUGAAGAUUUACAAGCCCAAUUUGCACAAAAGCUGUGGGUGCCCAAUACUUCCGAAAAUCUGGCUCCCACGGAAAGGCGGCCAUUGAGUUCAACAGGCGUUUUGAUCAGGCCGCGAAAUAACUUCUCGUAUCCCCUUGGCCAAGUCUGUAGCAGAGCUGGGACAACAACCCCUGGGGUCUUCUGAGUCCCAGCUCAGGUCCGAACUAGGAAGGGCCCGGCCCGGAAGUCUCCCUCGGGAACCCGCUCUAGCGCCUGUCAAGCUACUCGAUUAGGCCCCAAGGCCACGUCUGCCGCGGGCCCUGCAAUUCCAAGAGGAGCUGACACGACCGGCCGGGCAGGCUCAAUAGCAAACACCCCUCAAGCCUGGUGGGCUGCCCAGUUCCCAUAGCAACAAGCCACCACCGAGCACAGCGCGUGACCCCAGGCGCCUGCGUCGCACGCACCCACGUCGAGACCUCGGGGAAGCAGAGGGAGGCCGACCCGGAAGUGCUUGAUGGCGCUUGACUUGCCGGAACCGGAAGUAGCGUUGCAGGCUCCUCACGCGCCGCAAGUGCUACUGCCGCUACAUUACAUAAUAGACCCGCACGAGGGUCUGAAGUGCUCUCAAAAUGUCAGAUAUUGAAGAGGCUUCUGACACCUUAGCUGAAGUGAACCUGGAUGAGACCCAUAACCCUUUAACUGAAAACUUAGAAAGUGAUCCCAACUCAAGCCUGAAAGAUAUCGUGGUCACUAUUGGAGCUACUGUACCAACUGGCUUUGAGUUGACAGCAGCAGAUGAAGUGAAAGAGAAAUUAGGAUCACAGUCCAGAAUAAGCAAGGACCGAGGGAAAAUAUAUUUUGAAAUUUCAGUGGAGAAACUUUCACAGGUUCAUCGUUUAAGAUCAGUGGAUAAUUUAUUUGUUGUUGUUCAGGAGUUUACAGAUUAUCAGUUUAAAGAAACUAAGGAAGAUGCUCUAAAGGAUUUGGAGGACCUGGCUAAAAAAUUGCCCUGGACUGACCCUUUGAAAGUAUGGAAGUUAAAUACGAACCUAAAGAAGAGAAAGACAAAACAUAAAAAACAAAAUCAACAGAGUAGUGCAAGUAAAGAAAAGCUGAAUGAUGAUGCAGGAAAGGACAGCGCAAAUCAAAAAGAUGCUGAUAAAGAGUUGCUUGACCACGCAGAAAAUACCCCGAGCUUGAAAUCUGCUGAACAGAACGCAGAAAAGACACAGGAAAUGCUCCUAGCAGUUGACCAAUCAGAUGGCAAAGAUGAAUUCCUGAAUAUAACUGGAAACGAAAACCAAGCUGGUGACUGCAAGAAAGAUGAAGCAGAAGCUCAGGUGCUGAAAUUCCGUGUUACAUGCAAUAGAGCAGGUGACAAACAUUGUUUUACAUCAAAUGAUGCAGCAAGAGAUUUUGGUGGAGCUGUGCAAGAUUACUUCCAAUGGAAGGCUGACAUGACCAACUUUGAUGUUGAGGUUCUCUUGAACAUUCACAAUAAUGAAGUAGUGGUGGGCAUUGCAUUAACUGAAGAGAGUCUUCACAGAAGAAAUAUUACACAUUUUGGACCCACAACUCUUCGAUCCACCCUUGCUUAUGGUAUGCUCAGGCUCUGUGAUCCUCAGCCAACUGACAUUAUAAUUGAUCCAAUGAGUGGAACAGGGGCUAUACCAAUAGAGGGGGCUACUGAGUGGCCUAGCUGUUAUCAUAUUGCAGGUGAUAACAAUCCACAGGCUGUGAAAAGAGCAGCAAAUAAUAUCUGCUCUUUGUUGAAGAAAAAUCAGAAUAAAGAAAGUGGUACUUCCUGGGGCAUACCCAUAGAUACCAUUCAGUGGGAUAUCUGCAAUCUCCCCUUGAGAACCAGCUCUGUGGAUGUUAUUGUAACAGACAUGCCAUUUGGAAAGAGGAUAGGAUCUAAAAAGAAGAACUGGAAUCUCUACCCAGCUUGCCUUAUGGAGAUGAGUCGCAUCUGCAGGCCUGGGACAGGGAGAGCUGUACUACUUACCCAAGACAAGAAAUGUUUUGCCAAGGCCUUGUCAAAAAUGGGACACUUGUGGCAAAAGGGUCAUACAGUCUGGGUGAAUGUAGGGGGACUUCAUGCUGCAGUUUAUCUUCUGAAACGUACCUUGGAAAGAGCAGGAGAGAAAAGAUCAUACUGGUAACCCACCUGUCGGCAAACAUAUGAAGCAGCAUCCACUUGCCUGAAUUUCUUAGAAAGCUGUUUGCUAGAGUGUAUGCCUUAAAUUUCUGUUAAGAAAAUACUGAUCCAGGGAUCAGCCUGAAAAGCAUCAUUUCCACUGUGUACCCUGGAACCUUUUUAUUUGAAACCAAGUAGAAAAAAAGCAGAUCCACCAACAGAAUGACCAGUUCUUUCCUGUGCAUAUGAAUCUGCUUUACCAUGUUUAUGGCAUUUUUCACUUAAAUGUACGUUUUCAUGUUCACAAGGGAACUAGCAGGGUAACUUUGCAAAAUGGUAGAAUGUGUGUGAAGAUCUCAAACUGCUGAUGUACAAGACUACUGAAGACUGUCUUCUUGGUUGUCUUUAGUUUGAGGGUUUUUUUGGUAAUAGUGUUGCUUUAUGGAAGGAUUUUUUCCCAAUGGAGAGAUGUCUCCUUUCUGUUUCAUUAGUUAAUAGCAUUGCCAAAAU